UACAACCGCGGUCAGCUGCUGCCUUCAGAAGCGGUUGCUGACAAAGGAUUGGCUGCUUCAUCUGCAAAUCAAACCGAGAAGCUGCCGGAAGAAGGAACAGUCCGGUUCCGCGCGGGGGCUCGGCUGCAGAACUGCGAAGUCCACGGAAGUGGAGCCACCCUGAGACACAGCAUGAGUUCAGGUCUGAUUGAGAACUACGUGGCAGCCAUGGUGCUGAGUGCAGUUGGUGAUACCUUGGGCUAUUGCAAUAGAAAAUGGGAGUUCCUGCAGAAUGGCCAGGAGAUUCACAGGCAGCUUGCACAAUUGGGGGGGCUGGGAAACAUCAGUAUAGCAGGCUGGAAAGUCAGCGAUGACACAGUGAUGCACUUGGCUACAGCGGAAGCUCUGGUAGCUGCUGGGAAACAACCAAGUUUUCCAGAGCUCUAUUCCCUUAUAGCAAAGCACUACAAGGACUGUAUGGAUGACAUGGAUGGCAGAGCUCCAGGUUCUACCUGCGUUCAAAACGCACUGGGCCUGCAGCCAGACCAACCAGAUGGCUGGAGGAUUCCGUUUAACAAGCAUGAGGGAGGAUGUGGGGCUGCCAUGCGGUCCAUGUGCAUUGGGCUGAGAUUCUGUCAUCCUGAGCAGUUGGACAGCUUGAUUCAAGUCAGCAUCGAGAGCGGUCGAAUGACCCAUCAUCAUCCAACUGGCUAUCUAGGAUCCCUGGCUUCUGCUCUCUUUACCGCCUAUGCUGUGAAUCGCAAGCCCCCUCACGAGUGGGGGAAGGGACUGAUGGAAGUGCUGCCACAGGCUAAAGUCUACAUCCAGAAGUAUGGCUACUUUGUGAAGGAGAACCUGAAGCACUGGUCCUACUUUGAAGAACAGUGGAAAAGAUACCUGGAGUCCAGGGGAAUUUCAGAUGGAGUAUCUGUUCCUACCUUCCCUCCCGUGUAUGGUGUGAAAGAGCGAGAUGAAUUCUAUGUCUCCCUGAGCUACUCUGGCUGGGGCGGCAGCAGCGGGCACGAUGCUCCAAUGAUUGCCUACGAUGCUAUACUUGGCGCUGGGAACUCCUGGACAGAGCUCGCUCACCGGGCUUUUUUCCACGGUGGAGACUCCGAUUCUACAGCGGCCAUUGCCGCGUGCUGGUGGGGGGCCCGGUAUGGCUUCAAAGGAGUAAAUGUAUCCCUUUACAGAGAACUGGAAUACAGAGAGCGGCUGGAGAAAAUAGCUAAGGCCUUGUAUGAGGUCAGCCAGCCAGAGGGGUAGUCCAACUCCAAGCAGAGAGGUGGUUCUAGAAUUCACAAGACAAAACUAAACUUUACAAAGUUUGUUGUAUAGCUUGCAGGGCGAGGGGAGGGUUAGAUUGAUCUUGGACUGCACUUUACUGCCCAUCUACCUAUAGCUCCUGAUCUACCCAGGAAAUGCUUGUGCUUCAGCAGUCUAUCUAGCCCCUGUUUAGAAGUAGAAUAACAGGAUUAAGGAUGAAAGUGUGAGGGGGAAAGCUGGCAUAGCAGCUGUGUUCACUCAGUCUUUUCUCCUAGCAAUGGCAAAAAAAAAAAAAAAAAAAAAAAAACACUCGCAGAAGCACCAAAGAGCAAUGCAUGGUCAGCCAGGUUUGGAUUUUGUUAGUAAUAGUAUAAGAAUUUGGUACUGGGUUGAGUUUGAGUGAAAUUUUAUAUUCCUCCACAGAACAGAACCAGCACAGAGUGCUAGUGCCAGUCUUCCCUUCUCUCACAUCCCAGUGCACUCACCCCAGACACUUAGUGAGCACCUCGACAGCUGAGAGGGGAAUACAGUCUGUAGGACCCUUUCAACCUUUGGUCCUAAGGAUCAAUUAGUGUGAAGCGUGAAGGUGGAUUUUCACAUCUUUAGUGUGGGGAGAUGCAUUUUUCUGCUUUAAGAACGGUCAUUUGGCAUCUGUUUAAAACCUAAUUUCACAGUGUGUCUAACCAGUUGCAGAAUUUCAAGACCUUUUAUGAUUAAAUAAAAAUGUCAGUGUUCUCUCUUGCCUACUGCUGUUAAGGGGGAAGUCAAAUCCACAUAUAGGCUUAGAAUUACCUUAAGUGAUUGGUAACAUUAGGGAGAGAAUUUGCACCUUUCUUCAUAAUGAGAUCCGGUUAGACGAAGUAUUAGAACUAGGAAAUGGCGCUUGCUACCAUAUCCCAAUUAAGCGUCGAGACCUUUAGAGCUGCUGAAAGAUGUUCUUUUCUUGAAAUUUUAUGUAACUGCUGAUAACACCUUUGAAAGUUUCUUGCUUUUCUGUGCAAACAGCUGAAUUCUGUGUGUCUUACUCCCACGAUGGCAGCUUUCAAGCUGAUCAUCAUUUAUCCUAUUUAAGAUCCUUUACAAAAGAAUAAAAUUACUACAAAAUGUAAUCUGAUAAUGCCAAACAAUUCUGUUCUAUAUGAAACAGUCUAGAUUUGCAAAUGAAUAGAAGAUAGUGGCUGCUUCUCCACAUCAGAGUUUGACAUUGUGCCUUUUGAUGAAUUUGCAGCAGAUAUCCAGGAAAUGCUAGAAGCGUAUGAACAAGUUUCCAAAUAAGAGGGAAAAGAGACUUGCAGUUCUUUACCUUUUGCCUGGGGUGACCUCUGGUUUUUAGUGCUCUGCCUAUAAUUAAAUAAAAGCAUAGAUUUGGCCAAUGGAAGAUAAAGCACAUAUUUCUCAUAUUAAACUGUUUAUUGGUG